GGCGGCGCAAUCCAAAGGAAGUGACCUGAGCGGCGACGCCGAUCUCGACCUGAGCACACAGCCGAUCGAGCCCAGUGCGACUGAAGGAACCUCUCAAAAAGCGGCUUGUCCAGGAACACGAGAGCGACCUGCUAUAGGAGUGCGCAGGGGACCGAACCAAAUUAAGGACAGGAGGAGGAGGCAUCAAAGAAAGAUGCUGGGAAAGAAGGGAGAAGAGCGGAAGACCAAAGCACUGCAAGUUUACACCAAACUGCAAGACGGAAACAAACCGAGUGAGCCCAGCAAGCCGAGAAGCUGCUCCAGGUUUGAGGACUUUGAUUUCCUGGCCAAGUACUGCAUUAUCAGUCCUGAGAAGCUCGCCGCAUACAGACGUGCUUUUGAAGCUGUGGACAGUGAUGGUGACGGUUACCUGUCGUGUUUUCAAGUCCUGCUGGCUCUAAAGGAGAUCAUUCCUCCAGAGCUGCUGACUGAAGAGGAGGAAAUCUAUGUGUACAGGAUUUUAGAGCUGGUUGAUUUCAGCGUGACUGAGGGUCUGACAGAUUUGCGUCUCUUCGCCGUCAUUGCCAGUCUGGCACAGAAAAUAGCCACUCUGGAUGACUUCAUGCGAUCUCUCAUUAGUAAGAUGGAUUUCAAGUCUUUGGAGAUGAAGCUGUAUAAGGCAAAGCAGUUGUUCCUGUUCCUGCUGGAAGGUCAGUCUGAGGGCACCGAGGUACCACAGGGUUGCAUCAGUGCCGAACAACUGCUCGUAGAGCUGAAGGCAGGGGGCAUCCGUGAGGAGCACGAGCAAGAGGUCAGACGCGAACUCCGGAGCCUUCGCUCCCUCGACCUGCUCGACUUCCUGGCGCACCUUCCCCUCUUCAUCCUCAUUCACAACUCCGUCAUUGCCAAUCCACUUGACGAUUCCAGCAACCUGUAACAAUAACACAAAAGCUCGGUCGUGUUUAAAAGGCAGACGCUAUGUUGUACGCUAGCUAUCUUGUCAGCCGCUACGCUACCAGUCAAAAGUUUGUACAACCCUGCUAAUUCCAUGGUCUUUUCUGAUGUUUAUUUCUUUCUACACUGUAAAAAUGAUGCUGAAUGCAUUUAUCCAAGAUAAGCAA